AUGGCUGGACUCGUGUCCCAACAACUUCUCACGCUACCGUCGUCCGGUCAAUCUGUUCAAUCCCUAUGGGAGGGAAACGCCUCGACAUCGCUUCUGAAACCCUCUCGAUCCCGGUUCCGUUCAGUCAAAUCCGUCCGUCCAUCUGUGCGGGCCGAAGCAUCUCCGCAGUCCCAGUCAGCUCCUGUCGCUGCCGCAUCCGCAUCAGCAGCAGCGCCAGCAGCGGAGAAAGACACGGAACCACGAAGGAGCAGCAGCACCACCACCACUGGCAGCGCCACCGUCGCGGGUGAAGACUAUCUUUCAGCCGCGUCGAUCUCUGAGACGCCCGGGCCAGAGGAAGCAGGCUCGGCAGGAGAAGCGCAUCGUGCUGAUCAGGCACGGGCUGAGCUCGUGGAACCGGAGGGGAGGGUCCAGGGCCGGUCGGACGAGUCUGUUCUGUCAGAGACUGGCGAGAUCCAGGCGCUGCGAUGCAGAGAGGCUCUGAGAGACACGCACUUCGACUGCUGCUACUCUAGCCCCAUAUCACGAGCUAAGAGCAGCGCGGAGAUCAUCUGGGAGGGGCGCAAGGAGCCGCUUGUUUUUCUGGACUCUCUGAGCGAGGCCCACCUGCACUUCCUGGAAGGCAUGCUCAACUCCGAGGCUAAGCGGCUGUAUCCGGACCUGUUCCGAGCCUGGAGGGAAGAUCCGGCGAACUUUUGUGUGGAUGGGGUGUUUCCGGUGCACCAACUGUGGGACCAAGCUAGGGACACGUGGCGAGAGCUGCUAGAGAGCCCUGGCUCUCAAAUCCUGGUCGUCACACACAAGUCCCUCCUGAGGGCGCUGCUCUGCACUGCUCUUGGAUUGGGCCCUGACAAGUUCAGAGCAAUGGACAUCAACAAUGGCGGCAUGUGUGUGGUGAUGGUGAACAAAAGAGGAGAGCCCAUGGUUGAGAAUCUGAAUGUCACGGCGCAUCUACAGUCACAUGCAAUCAGUUUCCACUUCAAACCGUAG